CCGGUCCAGGAGCCAAGUGGCCGGGAAGAUGAGGGGCACGUAGGUCACCAUGUAGACGAUGGAGAGCCAGUCCACUUUGUCGCUGGUCACGCCGUAAUAUUGCAUGAACACGUUGGUGAUGAUGCUGUACUGGAUCCACUGGAAGGCGUUCGAGAGGGAGUACAAGCUGAACACCGCGAGCACGGCAAACCGGCGCAGGCCUUUAUCUGCUCUAAUCCUGAUCAUCCUUUGACCCAGUGGGACUGAACUGCAGCUACACGUCUGUUCCCACAGGAAACUCACUCAAGAGCUGCAGGUUUUCCGUUGCCAUGUAAACAACAGCAUCAAACACUGACUACUACACCAUGGAUAAUUAACUGACUAAAAAGCGAAAAUACAGCUACAUAAGAAACAUGUCUGGAGCAGAGCAGCGGGCUCUGACGGAGCUGAACGUGCGGAGGGAGACGUGGUGUCGCGUGGAGGGGAACCCCCAUCAGGAGUGGGAGCGGCGCGAGAGGAGACACUACCGGAAGCACCUGCGCAGCACCGCGGGACUCCUCACCUGUCUGCCCGCCGGAGAGACCCGCAGCCCGGCCGGAAGAGAGAGGCCUCCCCCCUCUAAUCUACCGGAGAGGAGGCACUUCGAGGAGAGCUAUGAAUCACAGCUGGUGUAAGCUACCUGACGGGAGCUGAUACAACAAACAUCUGAACACACUGCACAUUUGAGUCUUUUAAUAAAUAAAUAAAACACAUACUGUAAAACAAUA